UCUUCAUGCAGUUUUAAAUACACUACUUCUUCUUUAACCCAAAGUUUUUUUUAAAUGGAUAUUCUCUAUAUCCUCUCUUCUCUUCUCAUUUCUUACCUCAUCUUCAAGAUCUGGAAACGCAUAGACUCCAAGAGAGAUCAAAACUGCUACAUCUUGGACUAUCAAUGCCACAAACCUUCAGAUGAUCGUAUGCUGAGUACUCAAAUCAGCGGUGAGAUCAUCCGUCGAAACAAACACAUUAGACUCAACGAGUACAAGUUCCUCCUCAAAGCCAUUGUUAGUUCAGGUAUCGGAGAGCAAACCUACGCACCACGUCUCUACUUUGAAGGACGUGAAGAGUCUCCUACCAUACAAGACGCUCUCUCGGAGAUGGAAGAGUUUUACAUUGACACAAUCGAGAAACUCCUAAAGAGAAACAAACUCAAACCUAAAGACAUCGACGUACUCGUGGUCAACGUCUCCAUGCUCAACUCAACACCUUCUCUAUCCGCAAGAAUCAUUAACCAUUACAAAAUGAGAGAAGACGUGAAGGUUUUCAACUUGACGGCGAUGGGAUGUAGCGCGAGUGUUAUAUCGGUAGAUAUUGUUAAAAACAUUUUCAAAACGUACAAGAACAAGCUUGCUCUCGUUGUAACAUCCGAGUCACUUAGUCCUAACUGGUACAGCGGAAACAACCGGUCUAUGAUCCUCGCUAACUGCUUGUUCCGCUCCGGUGGCUGCGCGGUUCUCUUGACCAACAAGCGUUGUCUAAGCAAGAGAGCCAUGUUUAAGCUGAAGUGUUUGGUGAGAACGCACCAUGGAGCAAGAGAGGAUUCAUUCAACGCGUGUGUCCAAAAAGAAGACGAGCUGGGACGAGUUGGUAUCCACUUAGACAAGACUCUUCCAAAAGCAGCGACUCGUGCUUUCGUGGACAACCUCAAAGUCAUCACUCCAAAGAUUCUUCCCGUGACGCAGCUCUUCAGGUUUAUGUUAUCUCUUCUCCUCAAGAAGCUUCGUAGACGCCCUAGCAAAGGCUCCACGAACGUGGCUCAAGCUGCUACGAAGGCGGGGAUUAACUUCAAAACCGGUAUUGAACAUUUCUGUAUUCACACGGGAGGCAAAGCGGUUAUCGACGCGAUUGGUUAUAGUCUUGACUUAACCGAGUACGAUCUUGAACCGGCGAGGAUGACGCUACACCGGUUUGGGAACACGUCGGCGAGUAGCUUGUGGUAUGUUUUGGGGUACAUGGAAGCGAAGAAGAGGCUGAAGAGAGGAGAUAGAGUGUUCAUGAUAAGCUUUGGAGCUGGUUUCAAGUGUAAUAGCUGCGUUUGGGAAGUUGCGAGAGAUCUUAACGUUGGAGAAUGUUUAGGGAAUGUGUGGAACCAUUGCAUUGAUCAGUACCCACCAACGUCGUUGUUGAAUCCUUUCCUCGAGAAGUAUGGUUGGAUUCGUGAAGAAGAAGACCCUGAUACGUUCAAGUUCCAUACGUGAAGAAACUACGUGACAGUGUUUUUCUUGUAAUAAUUUAAAGACAUACAAUUAUUUUAAACCGUAAAUCUCAAACAAAGGUGACUAGUGUCAUUCUUUUUCUAUUUUUAAAACUAUUUGGAUUACGUUUGGUUACGAUUU